AUGCAGUUGGAGGGGUUGCCUUCAGGAGCUGCUACUGGAGCCGUUCCGGAUUGGAGCAAUCCCCACAUCGCGCGAGGUGUCGAUGAUACUGGCAGUUGUACUCCGAAUGCCCUCAACACCCUUUUGGACUCUGAGGCCAUGCGGUCCAAGUAUCUGGUGUAUAUUAACACCCUUCAAUUGUAA